AUUUCAUUUAAGAAAUCUCGCUGUUCGUUGAACACAAUGUUGAAUAACAAAAUUCUAGUCAUUUCAUUAACGGUAUCGGUUGCAUUUUGUACAGCAGUUAGACAUAUUACAGGCAAUCCAUACGAAGAGACUGUUUCAUACUCAUGCGAACCGGAAUGCAGGCCUAGUAAUUUGGAUAAAGGAGUGAAAUGUUCCGCUAUCGGACCAACGAUUAAGAUAAAAGGUGGAUUUGACACUAACUGCGGAAUUUAUUACAUGUCUCUAGCGUCAGCGUACCAUGUGGCUAGAUUCGCUGAUGCCAUGGGAUAUCAAGAUAAUUGUCAAGCCAACAAAACCUUCCUCGAAACAUUAAACAUAAUCGCUGCUUGGAGCGGAAAGGAUAAUUUCAUAGCUAUAGAUCUUGCAUGCAAUUUCGAAAGACAAGUCGUUAGAAAGUGCGCUACUGUUCCGACUAGCUCACAUACAUACAUCUGCUUGGGUCUGGACGGUCCUCCGGGAACUUAUGGAAAAAGACUAGGAACCGCCACCUACAACGCUGUACUACAGGCCACAAACAACAGAUGGGUGCUAUUUCUUAACUGUUGGAUAGGAAAGACUCACACAGGCGCUGCAUUUGAUGUAGCUACCUCAUUCAACGUAUUUAAUUUGGACGCGGAAUUAUCGUUUGCGGACAUGGCACUUAUCAUUAGCGAAUUGAAUCGACGUGGAUUCAACACUCAUCCAUCCAACAUUAUUAAAUUUGAUUUUAACAAUACGCAAUGUAAUUGAUCGAAAAAAUGGCGAGUGUCUCUCAAUUGUUUGCUUCGCUUUCAGUUAAUAAGAUUUUAGUCUUUAAAAAAAAUCAGAUUUACUUAGAAGUUCGUGCUCAAUCCACGCCAUUAGUGGUAUAAAU